GCUAAAGUCGCUUUGGAGUAAACGGAUAGUUGUGGUUCUUGAUCUUCCACAAUGGGUGAACCACAACAAGUGAGUGCACUUCCACCACCUCCAAUGCAGUACAUCAAGGAAUAUACAGAUGAAAAUAUUCAGGAAGGCUUAGCUCCCAAGCCUCCCCCUCCAAUUAAAGACAGUUAUAUGAUGUUUGGCAACCAGUUCCAAUGUGAUGAUCUUAUCAUCCGCCCUUUGGAAAGUCAGGGCAUUGAGCGGCUUCAUCCCAUGCAGUUUGAUCACAAGAAAGAACUGAGAAAACUCAAUAUGUCUAUCCUUAUUAAUUUCUUGGACCUUUUAGAUAUCCUGAUAAGGAGCCCUGGAAGUAUAAAACGAGAAGAGAAGCUAGAGGAUCUUAAGCUGCUUUUUGUACAUGUGCAUCAUCUUAUAAAUGAAUACCGACCUCACCAAGCAAGAGAGACCUUGAGAGUCAUGAUGGAGGUCCAGAAACGUCAACGACUUGAAACAGCUGAGAGGUUUCAGAAGCACCUGGAGCGAGUCAUUGAGAUGAUUCAGAAUUGCUUGGCUUCUUUGCCUGAUGAUCUGCCUCAUUCAGAAGCUGGGAUGAGAGUGAAAACUGAACCAAUGGAUGCUGAUGAUAGCAACAAUUGUACUGGGCAAAGUGAGCAACAAAGAGAGACUUCGGGUCCCAGGAGGGACCAGAUAAUAGAGAAAGAUGCUGCUUUAUGUGUCCUAAUUGAUGAAAUGAAUGAAAGACCAUGAGGAACGUUGUAUGGUUUCUUUUUUUUUUUAAACUAUUGAUAAAUAAUACCAUACAUUAGCUUAUUUUCUUUUGGAUAGUCUUAAAUGGUUUGGCUAAUAAUAUAAUGUAAUUUUUGUCCUUGACUCCAGCUUUUCAAUUUGGAGAUGUCAUAGACCGUAAUUUCACUGUAAAAUAAACAGGCAAAUUGAACAUACCUACACUAAGCGUAAAUGCCUUAAAUAGCAAAGUGUUUGCUAUUGUGUGGGAUAUUCCUAGUUUUGGAGUUGAAAUUAAACUUUGAAGCAGU